GAAAAUAUAAUAGUAAAAAAUUUAAACCAAGUAAAAAAAAUGUUAUAGAUGAUGAAAUAGAAAAAGAUAAUAAAAAUCCUGAAGAAAUGUUAUUACCAGAACAACAAGAAAUAAUUGAUAUUGUUAUGAAUGAAAAAAAAUUAUUGUUCUUUACAGGUUCAGGAGGUUGUGGAAUGACUUUUACAUUAAAUGGCUUGAUUAAAAAAUUAUAUGCAAAAUAUGGUGAAAAUAAUAUUGGUGUUACUUCAUCAACAGGUUUAUCUGCAUUAAAUAUAGGUAGUAAAACAUUAUAUAGUUACACAGAUAUCAGUAUUAUAGAUAAAUCAUUUGAAGAAAUAAUUAAAUUUAUAAAAGAAAAUGCUUUUUAUUAUAAUAGAUGGAUUAAUACAAAAAUAUUAAUAAUUGAUGAGAUUUCUAUGAUAAAUUCAGAUACAUUUAAUUUCAUUGAUCAGAUUGCACAGGAAAUACAUAAAAAUAAAAAACUAUUUGGUGAAAUUCAAUUAGUAUUAUCAGAUACGGAUUUUAUCGAUGGUCUUAAUAAAAUGAGAUUUGGAGAAAUAGAUCUUGAUUUUCUUAAAUAUAUUAAAAGUUUAGCACGAUUAAUUAAAUAUAAUGAUGGUGAAGAACAAACAAAACUUUUUGCAACAGUUGAUGAAGUUGAAAUAUGUAAUAGAAAUAAAUUAAACGAUCUUCCUGGUAAAAAUUUAUUAUUUGAAACAGAAGAAUGGUCUGUUGCUAAAAAUAAUAGUAGUAGAAAUCAAAAACCAACACAUGAAGAAUUGAUUGAAUGGUUAGAUAAAAGUAUAUUAUCAGAAACAAGAAUAAAUUUAAAAAUCGGUGUACAAGUAUUAUAUAUUUGGAAUGUGAAAGAAAAUAGUAAAUUAGUUAAUGGAUCUACUGGAAUAAUAGUUGGAUUUAAGAAUGGUAAAACUAUAUAUAGAAAAAAAGUUCCUGAAAAUGUAGCUUCAGUUUUUUUAGUUCCAAUUGUUAAAUUUAAUGAUAUAGAAGAAGAAAUAGAAAUUAAACCAAGAAUAUUUCAAAAACGAAAUAAUGAUGGUAUUUUAAUGGUUACCCGUAAACAAUUACCAUUAAUAUUAAGUUAUAGUAUUACUAUACAUAAAUCACAAGGAUUAAUGAUUCGAAGAUUGAUAGUAAAUUGUAAAAAUGUUUUCCAAAGUCAACAAUUAUAUGUAGAAUUUUCCCGAGCUACUGAUCCAAAUAAUUUACAAAUAGUAAAUUUUAAUCAAAAAAAAUUAAAACCUAAUGAAAAAAUGAAUAAAAUUUUAAUUUAUUUUUUCAUUUAUUUACUUUUAUUUAAAAAAAUAAAUACAUCAUUAUCAAAUAAUUUUACAGAUGAUAUAAUAGAUGAAUUAUAUAAAUUAAAAAAAGAACCUCAAGUUGGUAUAUAUGAAAUGUUUGAUUUUUCAAAAAAUCAUGGAGGUAUUAAAUAUGGAAUUAUUGUUUUAAAAAAUCAAAAUAAUAGAGAAAUGAAAAUAAUAGUUCGUGGUAUAAUUGGAAAUGUUAAUGAAUCAGAUAUUGAUUUAUUAAUAGAU